AUGCAUGUCCAGAUAUGGCUGCCGUUACUUCCCACGUGGAGUAUCGCAUAUCCCUACUCAUUUACUCUUGCUAGAUCUAUACACAAACCAACUAUGCGUGUGCUCAAUUGGCUACUAGUACUGAACGCACAUGUUGCCUGCGGGCUUGAAUUCAACGGACGCCCGGCUAGUGAUGGUUCAAUUGGCAUAAAAGAGUAUGUGUCGUUUGUGUUACAACAAGGCAACGUAGCCCCAACAGACAAGGAUGAUUUUGAUAAAGAGAUUGUGCAAGUCAAUAAAAGUGACAAGGAGAAAUGUCCGCCCGCUUUCAACUGCAAUUUACCCAAUUUCCCCUGCACGCAAUUUUCGACUUGUAAUCCGUUUACAGGGCACUGUGAAUGUAAGGCUGGGUUUGGUGGAGAUGAUUGUUCGAUUCCUUUGUGUGGUGGUUUAUCGGAUGGUCUCAAUAGACCGAAAAGACCAGAAAAUCAAACAUGUGAGUGCAAUGACGGAUGGUCGGGCAUCAACUGUAAUAUCUGUGAAAGUGACGAGGUUUGCGACCCUUUUGUUCCUGUUGGUUUGAAAGGUACAUGUUACAAGUCCGGCAUCAUCGUCAAUAGGGUAAAUCAGAUGUGUGAUGUCACAAAUCAGAAAAUCUUGAAAAUAUUGGAUGGGAAGAUUCCGCAAGUUACUUUUGGAUGUAACAAAACUGCACAGGCGUGUGAUUUCCAAUUCUGGAUAGAUCAAAAGGAAAGCUUUUAUUGCGACUUGAGUGGAUGCGACUUCCAAUAUGAUCUCCAAUCUAACACUACUCACUACAAGUGUGAGGAUGUACAAUGUAGCUGUAUGCCUGGUAGAAUGUUAUGUGGAGAAAAUGGGUCAAUUGAUAUUUCGGACUUUUUAACAUACGAAAUCCAAGGCCCUGCAGACUUUUCUUGUGAUAUUGAUUCUAAAGACUGCAAGUUCAGUGAACCUCAUAUGAAUGAUCUGAUAAAUUCUGUCUUUGGUGACCCACAGAUUAAUUUGCACUGUGAAUCUAGUGAAUGUGUCCACAAAUCCGAAAUUCCGGGAUAUGAACUCCCUGGGAAAAAGAGAUUCACUUUAGUAGAUUUUACUAAGCUUUUUAGUGUGUUUGUUGGUUGUUCAGUGGUAUUGAUUUUAUCCUUGAACAAAGUUAAGUCGUCUCCGCUGUUUUUAAAUUCACUCACUUUAGGAGACGACGAUAGCGACGAUAGUAGGCUAACGAAUGCAAAUAUGGUGUUGGAAAACUACAAGCAAGCAAUUCUAUCUUUUGAUAAUGUUUCCUAUUCAAUUAAAAACAAGCCUAUCCUUAACAAUGCCUUUGGGUUUGUUAAGCCUGGCGAAUGUCUGGCGAUUAUGGGAAGUUCUGGUGCUGGUAAGUCUACAUUAUUGGAUAUUUUAGCUUGUAAAACAAAGGGGGGUAAUAUCAGCGGUGAUAUUUAUGUAAAUGGGAAGAGAAUCCAGUCUCCUUCCGAAAUAGAGAUAUACAAAGACUCAAUUGGAUUUGUCAAUCAAGAUGAUAUUAUGAUUCCAACCUUAACAGUUUAUGAAACCGUUCUCAAUAGUGCGUUAUUAAGACUACCGAACUCUAUGUCACUAGAGGUGAAACAAUCAAAAGUCUUGCAAAUUCUAAAUGAAUUGAAAAUCAUGCAUAUAAAAGAUAUGCUAAUUGGGUCCGAUUUUGAGAGAGGAAUAUCUGGUGGUGAAAAAAGAAGGGUUGCUAUUGCUUGUGAGUUAGUUACUUCCCCCUCUAUUUUGUUUCUUGAUGAACCGACAUCUGGGCUCGAUGGUUAUAACGCUUUCAAUGUUGUGGAGUCGCUGGUGAGACUCGCCAAGGUCUAUAAUAGAACAAUCAUUUUCACGAUCCAUCAACCGAGAAGUAAUAUUGUCUCACUGUUUGAUAAGCUGUUGCUUUUAUCUGAUGGUGAUGUGAUCUAUACUGGAGAAAUGAGUGAGUGUGCUAAAUACUUUACAAGUAUUGGUUUUAGAUGUCCACUUGGAUACAACAUUGCAGAUUACUUGAUUGAUAUUACCAAUGAAAAAAUUGAAACUUCAAUUGACCCAGAAAUUGAUCAUGUCCAUGAAAUUAGCCCAGAUCUGGAAACAAGUGAAAUUUCAGAGUGGCAGCAUUAUGCUUCACAUAGAGAUGAGCUUGCUAAGACGUUGGUUUCUAAUAAGAUUGUUACCAGGAACGAUAAAAAUUUAGCACAAUUUUUUCAAGACUCCUACAUUUUUCAAGGAGUAAAAGAUUCAAUUGGUGAACAUGUGAGCAAUUUUGAUUUGUCUUACUUUGAAAUAGAAACAAAGGUAAUUAAAGCAAACUGGUUGAACCAAAUUACGGUUCUUUCCUCAAGAGCCUUCAAAAACUCGUAUAGAAAUCCAAAACUUUUAUGGGGUCAUUAUUUACUCGCUUUAGUCAUGGGAUUGUUUUGUUCCUAUCUCUAUUAUGACGUAGAAAAUAAUAUUAGUGGGUUCCAAAACAGAUUAGGCCUUUUCUUCUUUAUAUUGACUUUAUUUGGCUUUAGCACGUUGACAGGAUUGGAUUCAUUUGCCAAAGAAAGGGCAGUUUUCAUAAGGGAAAGAUCAAACAACUAUUAUCACCCUUUGACCUACUAUUUUUCCAAGCUGCUUUGUGAUGUUUUACCAUUAAGAGUUUUUCCGCCAAUCAUUCUACUUGCAAUUACUUACCCGAUAGUUGGCUUGAAUAUGCAGGGUUAUAAAUUCUGGGUUGCAAUUGCUAUCUUGAUUCUCUUCAAUUUAGCCGCUGCCAUGGAAGUCUUGGUUAUCGGGAUUAUGGUUAAAGAUUCGGGUUCUGCUACAAUGCUUUCCGUAUUGGUGCUUUUGUUUUCCCUUUUAUUUGCCGGUCUCUUUAUCAAUAAGGAGACUAUUCCUUUAGGGUUGUCAUGGAUUGAGAAGCUCUCUGUAUUUCACUAUGCAUAUGAAGCAUUGGCUGUUAACGAAGUUAAUGGCUUAAUCCUAAGAGAAAAGAAGUUUGGUUUGAAUAUAGAAGUUCCUGGUGCUGUUAUUUUAUCCACGUUUGGGUUUGACGCAGGGGCCAUAGGUUGGGACAUAGGCUGCUUAGGUAUCAUGAUUGGGUCAAGUGCUCUUCUGGGAGGGCUGCUUUUGAGUGUGUAUGUAUAUGAAAUACGUUAA